AUGCACUUUUGCUAUUCAUUGACAUUUCAAAUGUUUGGUACUGGCACUUUUAUAAUUAAUUAAUUGACAUAUGAACCAUUUGAUAGAGGCUUACAAUAAAAAUGUGCUGUCAGUUUAAAAAACAUUUGUUUUUGUUAUUGCUCAAAGGAACUAAGAAAUGCAAAAUAAAUGUACUUUGCUUUUUACUUGGUGAGACCUAAAUAUGGAUAUAGAUAGAAUAAAAAGGUAUGUUUACAAGAAUAGCUGAUAUUGCUUAAAACACGUGUACUGUUUCUUUUCCCAUGGGAAUGAUGGACAGGAAAAUGCUUAACACAGGAUAAAUUCAAAAUUUACACAAAUCCCACCUCAUCAAUUAAUGAAGAAUCUAUUCAUUUUAUUCUUGAAUCAUCCAACAUAGACAAACAGAACACUCUUCAACCUUGAGGCACAGAGUUUGUCCACAGUGCUGAUAUCAAAAUAUUAAGAUUUUAUCUUUUUUCAGUGUUCAGUCUUGUACCAAACAUCCAAGGACAGACACUGAAUUUACAGUGAAGCUCAUUGGUUAAGUUGUGGCAAUAGUAGCACUGUGCUACCUGUGAGACCAUCAGUCAUUUUAUAUAACCUAUUUUCUAUAAACAUUUUGGCUCUUUAUUAGUCAUUGCAAAGCACUUAUUAAUGCCUUAUUCUGCAUCACCAUAUUCUACAACUACUAGGCCAUUAGCUAAGAGUUUCCCUCAAUAACCGAACUACUCCUCCUAAAUAUGGUCUAUUCUCAUGUAACAAAACAUAAAACUACAAGUGUUAAUAGUCCAAAUAACUCUAAAUUAAGUCUAACUCAGAAUAUGUUCCCCAUUCUAAAGUGAGGUCUUGCUCAUAACUAAUUCACCAGUAGUUUGACACAUCUUAACCCACACAGGUUCCCUGAAGAGUUCCCCCUCGGGGAUCAGUAAAGUAUUUCUGAUUCUGAUUCUGAUUCCCUAUUCCAAAGUUGCCUCCUCUCCACACUUAGUAAGUCCAUUAUUCUCUACUUGCACAAUGUAGUGUGACAUAUAUCCGUUAUAAAACAAUUAGGGAAAAGAUCAAUUUAAAAAACGAAUAAAAUGUUAGUAUUUUUAAAUAAAUAGCAGGCUUCUUGUUCACAUUUCUUCAAGCCAAGUAAGGUGCCCGUAUGAACACUGAAACAGGCAAUCAUUCCAUUUCCUUCCCGCUUUCUGUCCUUUGCUCCCUCCUCUCCUCCAGGCCAACUGUUAUCUUUCAGUAAACUGACGUCGUGUCUUGUAGUACGCAGCCGCCUGGCACGCCGGUGCGCCGCGGCGCGGACACCCGACCAAAGCGCAACAGAAGCAGUUUUGCGAGGAGAGAGGUGGAUCCUGACAACUCUCAGUGCAUAGUCGCUGUUCCGCUGCAACCCGACUUAAAUAUAUAAUUGAAAAAAAUCCAUCACAAUGUAAACGUUGGAUUCUUCAAUGGAGCCUCGUCUCCCGCUGCGCGCGCCCACGGUGUUUACUACAGCACAAUGCAGACGGUGAUGCGGCGAGCAGUGGGUGUGUGUCCUGAAGACCGCCGUGGGUGAAGAGAGAAGAGGAGCUGCAUCCAACCAGCCUCUCAACCACUACAGCAGAACUACACGCCGCGGAUGAUGUGUUUCUACUCCCUGCCGUUCUCCAUCCUCUCCCGGUUAAAGUUGACGGAAUCGAGCGAACGGAUCCUGAGACAUUAAAGACCGUUAUUUCACCCAACAGCAGCACCAAGAGCCAAGAGAAUCAAAAUGAAAUUUCCGACUGAGAAUCCAAGAAAACCAGGGAACAUGAACCCUCCACCAGUGGCAGUCCAGACCAACCUGGUCCCCCCCAAGAAGGUGCAGCCUGGCAUGCUUCAGUCCAGCUUGGUGCAGGCCAGCGUGGCCACCAUGCAGAACCCGAUGGGCUGUGCUCUGCCACGGCUCUCCGUCUCCUCCCGGCCCCCCAGCAUGGUAGCCAGCAUGGAGGCGGUGGCCGAUGGCUCAGCUCCUUUCACCAUGAUGAAGCUGAAGACGGUACUGGCAGUGUUCGUGGUGGUGGUGGCCUACCUGGUGGCAGGGGGCUUGGUAUUCCGGGCGCUGGAGCAGCCCUUUGAAAAUAACCAGAAGAUCACCAUCACAGCAGAGAAGGCAGCCUUCCUGCAGAAACACCCGUGUGUGCUCCCAGACGAGCUGGAGGCUGUCAUCAAGCAUUCUGUGGAGGCUGUGAAUGCCGGAGUGAAUCCCAUCGGUGAUACCUCCUACAACUCCAGCCACUGGGAUCUGGGUAGUGCCUUCUUCUUUGCCGGAACUGUCAUCACAACCAUAGGGUAUGGUAACAUUGCCCCGAGCACCGAGGGAGGGAAGAUUUUCUGCAUUCUGUAUGCAAUAUUUGGUAUCCCGUUAUUUGGAUUCCUCCUGGCAGGCGUUGGGGACCAGCUAGGUACCAUAUUUGUCAAAAGCAUUGCCAAGGUGGAGAAGAUGUUCCGGAAUAAACACAACCAGAUCAGUCAGACUAAAAUCCGUGUGGCCUCCACCCUCCUCUUCAUCCUGGCUGGCUGCAUCUUGUUCGUCACCAUCCCAGCUGUGAUCUUCAAACACAUUGAGGGAUGGACAGCUCUGGAGUCAACAUAUUUUGUCGUCAUCACUCUGACAACAGUUGGAAUAGGUGACUAUGUGGCAGGGGGAGACCGGAAGAUUGAAUAUCGGAAGUGGUACAGACCACUAGUGUGGUUCUGGAUCCUGGGUGGUCUGGCCUACUUUGCUGCAGUGCUGAACAUGAUUGGUGACUGGCUGAGGGUGCUGUCCAAAAAGACAAAAGAAGAGGUUGGAGAGAUCAAGGCUCAUGCAGCAGAGUGGAAAGCAAAUGUGCGAGCAGAGUUCCGGGAAACGCGUCGGCGUAUGAGUGUCGAGGUCCACGACAAGCUGCAGCGAGCCGCCACCAUCCGGAGCAUGGAGAGACGGCAGCUGGGCCUGGACCAGCGGGCUGUGUCCCUGGACAUGCUUUCCCCAGAGCGCCGCGCCAUCUUCAACAGCCUGGACACCAACAGCUAUAAGACCUCCUCCCAGGAGAGCAUCGACACCAAGCUGAACAACCUUCGGCUGCGGGGGGCCGAGCAGUGUGACCGGGGCUCCAACCACCAGACCACAUCUGAGGACAACAUUUUCAACCGCCUGAGCUCUGUCACCAAGCUGGCCAAGCGCAAUAGGAAUCGGGACCUGAAGAAAAACAUCCCGGAUGAGGCUCGUCGGCCUCAUAGCGAGGCCUAUGGCUGUAGCACUCCCACUUUCGACUGCAGCACACCCACUGCAGAUGAAGGGAAAAAGAAAGACGAAGGAGAGGAUGAGAAUGAAGACAAGGAGUGCAACAAUAGCUUGUCUGAUUUUCCACUGUUUGUGGAAGCUUGCAAGCCUCAGAAUGGGUUUAUUCCAGAGCAGACCAAAGAGAAUGAGAGUGACAAAACACUUCAAUCAAAAGAUCUGCAUAUUCAGAUGGGCCCAUAGACAGUGUGUACUCCUACAAAAGGGAGGUUUUAAAUACCACCAUUAGUGCCUUAGGUCUCCCUUAUUCCUGUGUGUGCUUAAGCAGGGACAACACCUGUCCCUUUGUGCUAUGUACUGUAAUUUUCACAUAUUCACUGUGCCCUAUGGAUCUGAUUGACACACAUUGUGUUGUAUGAAUGCAAGACCUGGUAGGGUUUCUGCAAUUGUUCUAUGCCAAAUGAUGGUCAUAUUAAAAAGAAAGAUGUCAGCUAAUAGGUGUUUAAAAGAUAACAACUUGGGACUUAGUUUCGCAGCUUUGGCCAUUAUUUCUCUCAGUGAAGAUAGGGUUGUACUUAUUGAACAAAGUAAUUACUGAGCUCCAGAUGCAUAAUAUCAAUGAAGAAUGGGGGAAAGCAAAUUUGUUCCCUCAGUAUUUGUUCACUCAAUACAAAGUUUUACCAACUCCACUGAAUUGUUCACUCAAUACCUCCUGCUUCAUGUUAGCAUACAUGUCAACCAACAACAAUAAACACAACUGUGCGUGGCUCUUAAGCACUUGCCACAGUUUUAGGUCUGUUCUGUAUGCUCUGCACAUUGUGCACAGAUCUAGACAUUACACAAGGUGUCUGUUGGAAUCACACCACCACUGAUUCACUCGUAUAUCCUAGGAUAAACCUACCAGUGUGACAUCUGUUGUUAAUUUAAGCACAAAAUGUACUUUUUGUGUCCGCAUAGCCACAAGGAUCUACUUGCAGACCAAAAUGUAUGCGUGACCGUACAUACCAACACACAUUUAUGAACACAGCCAACUCUGCAGACACCCAGUGUGGUAAGAAAAGAAAUGUCAUCUUGUCCAUAUUCACAUCCAUUUUGGAGUAUAGCUGGCGCUUAACACAUCUGGAAAGGUGUUUUUUUAUGUAACGGGAUGGAGGAUGAUCUGUGUUUCGCUCAGUCUAUGACUUGCUUUUUGAAAUCGAUUGCUGAUUUGUCAGUUGGUUAACACUUUGUCAGUAUUAACUUGUGUGUGCACUUGCCCGCACAUUGUUUUUUGUUCCUCAUACCUUAUUGCUUUGUGUCCAAUGUGUAUUUUUUGUGUUUUGUUGGUCCCUUCGAGAUAGUAUCAGAAUAUUAAUUUAAGCAGCAAAGUUUACCUGCUGAUGGUGUGGCAGAAUAACUCCCCUUUAAUGUCUGACAGAAGACUUUUCCCUUGUUGAUAUCUAGAAAGACAGAAUUUGUUUUUCUUGUGCCUUGCCUCGUUGGACUUUGUUGUAGUGAUGUUGACGUGGUCCCAGAUUUCAGCAACUAGGUAUAAUAGGUAUAAUAUCAGCAUCUCUGAUAAAAAUGAUGGCCAAAAUUAUAUCAUUUUCAGAUUUAUUACAACUAGACCCUAGUUGUAAUUUGGAAUUAUCCUUGAACAUAGAAAGGGAGGCUGUCAGUCACAUCCAAUAUGUGUUAGUUGUACAAGCUGUCAGCCAGGAAAGUUCAGAUUCGUGCUGGUGUGAGAUUGGGGCCUAGAUAAAAGCAGACAUAGCAGAGUAAAAAAUAAUAAUACUCAAAAUUAUACAAAUGUGUUAGCAUAUUGAAUUGUUAUGAGAUAGAGAUAACACCGCUCAAUGUGACAUAAAAUCCUAUUCCCCUAAGUGUCACAUUUAAUGGAUGGCAAUGAGAUGAUUGGAAGUGUUAUAAAUAAGGUCUGACAUGUGUACAUGAACCUCCAACUUGGUGCUGUGACUCCAUAUGUAUUACUCAAAUAUAAUGAACAAAAAAAUAAAAUAAAAUAAAAUAAACACAAAAAAAGCUGCUGUGGAAGAGUAGAUUAGUAACAUGUGAGAGAAGUUUGAUUUAAAUGUAACACUUCCACUAUGUGUUUGUUGUCAUGCUGUUUUUCCAUGUUGCCUAUCUCAAUGUGCAUUUAAAUGUGAAUGAAAACGAUUCACAACAUGCCACAUGUUGUCUGUGCAUGGUCCCCAAGCUAAGCUGUUGUCUCAGUACAAUGUCCAAAAAUGCUACCUAGAUCAUGACCUCUUUGAACACUAUCUCAGGGCUUGUUGUCCUAAUGUUUGUUGUUGACAUUGUCUAACAAGUGCUGCAUUCACACUUUGAGAGGAUGAGGGUACAAUGACUGCACCUGCGCUCUAUGAAAAUGAAUGACAAGAGAAUGGAAGAUAAGCCAUAAUGCAAGACUGUUCCAUACUGUACACGGAACACCAAUGAAGUGAUGGAUGGGUUUGAGAUUAUAAAGCGCAGUGCUGUUACUGUAAGAAUGUAUUGUGUACUUGUCGUCGUACUUGAUUCAAGCAUAUCCACAGACUGUUGAAAACCAUGGAAGUAUAGGUCACCGUAAGUUCCUGAAGGUACAUUUUGGAGCUUGGAUUUGGGUUUAGUCAUCAUCCACAACCUGGAAAAUCCAAAUUUGAAUAAAGCGUAAGGAGCCUGGAUGGACCUUAGUUGAGACAAGCAAGUGGCAACCACCACAGCUGACAUGCUUCAUAAGUUGAGACACCUGUCAAAUCAAGCAAACAUGCUCCAAAACAUACUUCUCUAGACGCCUUAAUACCUCUUUGGUGGAUUCUCAAACUCACCCUGAUGACGCACAGAAGAAGGGAAAUUAGCUCUUCAGAACCAAACUUAAUGUGAAAAAAAUUGUAUUCCUGCAGAAGUGUUGGGACUUUUUGAAUGGAAUUCUAUGCAGUUGGAUACUUUUUGCAGCCAGCAUCUAGUGGUACUGCAUCAUAAGGCACUUCUGCAUUGGCUGCAGCUUUCAGCCAUGCUGGUGGCUGCCUGAGCUUACAAUAUUAUUCCCACAAAAUACAAUACAUUUUCAUAGUCACCGUGUAUGGAAUUGACACCAUAUUCAUAAAAAAUGUGAACUGUGCCACUGAUUGUAUUACAGUGAUAUUAUGAUGCUCACAUUGUCUUUUUCACAUACACUCCCAAGCCUCAUGUUAAAGUACUCACUAUCUGUGUAUGCACACUAUCUGUCUGAUCCUAGUGUUCACAUUACUAAGCGCAGCUCUAGGCUAGUGUGAAUGCAGUAAAAGCAAGGACUACAUGUGUUUUAAAAAUGCUUCUAAGAACAACAAAAAUGUCAAAGCUUAUGAAGAAAACCAAGACUUGGAACAAAAAAGGCAUGCUAUAUUGCAAAACUAUAUUAUGAUGUAUAUGGUGUUUAUUGUAUACCACCACAUCCUUCAGCGGAUGAUGCUUAUGUUUCUUUUAACUGCCUGUGUUAAGACUCACAAGCAGCACAUGCUCUGUACUUGGACAUUGCUCACAGUAUCUCUUGUGCAACCAUUACAUUAAAUGCAGUGAUUGCCUUUUGGAAAUAAAGAUCACCAAAUUAAGUUCUA